AUUUUAUAUAUAUGUAUAUCACCGGCAAAAAUUUACAUAAUUAGUUGGAAUAUGUUGAAGGGGGAAAUGCAAUGGGUUGCCUUCCUUCAAAAGAAGCUGGACCGGUGACAGCACCUGGCUCGGACAAGUUUAGCGGUCUUGCUGCUCAAACACCUUUUUCUGUAAAUGAGAUCGAAACUUUGUAUGAUCUGUAUAGAAAAAUAAGCAGUUCUAUAAUUCAGGAUGGGUUUAUAAACAAGGAAGAAUUCCAAUUUGCUCUUUUCAGAAGCAGCAAGAAGCGAAACCUCUUUGCAGACAGGAUAUUUGAUCUUUUUGAUGUCAAUCGUAAUGGGCAUAUCGACUUUGGAGAAUUUGUCAAUUCGUUGAGUAUUUUUCACCCAAAGACUCCUGAAGCUGUCAAAAUUAAAUAUGCAUUCAAGUUGUAUGACCUGAGGCACACUGGUUACAUUGAGCGAGAGGAGUUGAAGGAUAUGGUCUUGGCUCUUCUUAAUGAAUCUGAUCUGGUUUUAUCUGAUGAUGUUAUUGACACAAUUGUGGACAAGACUUUCACGGAGGCAGAUAUAAAGGGUGAUGGCAGGAUUGAUCAAGAAGAGUGGGAACAAUAUGUGGCAAGGAAUCCAGCACUCCUAAAGAACAUGACGCUUCCUUAUUUAAUGGACAUAACGCUAGCAUUCCCCAGCUUUGUAUUGAGCACUGAAGCAGAAGACUAACAGUUGUAGACCAGUUAUGCGCAGGAGGUGACUCUUCCUAUCUCGCCUGUUCAAAUUAGUUUCACCAUUGAAACAAGGUUGUUCGUGUUUGCUAUGGAGAGCAGUUAGCCAAAUGUAAGAAAACAAAGAGGAAGGGCGAAGGGCCACAAAGAUGCCAGUUUCACAGCCAACCUGAAGAAUAUUUAACCAGUCAAAAUGCAAUUUAUUCUUUCAAAGCAGGGAAUGUGCUGUGUAAUGCACAAAUAGUACAAUUCUUUAUUUCCAUUUUGUUCCUCUUAACCAUAAACUGUGAUCAAACCUAAUUCUGUACUCAGGUAUGUUUUAGCAGUAAAUGUCAAAAGAAAAAAAAAAUAGAAAGAAAAGAAUCUGUUUGCUCGGAAAAAGCAAUUUCUUGCGUCA